AUGAUGCAGGAUGAAUAUUCAUUACCUUCAAUGUAUUCAAAUACACCAGCUGGAAUUACUCGCAAAUCACCUGGCGAAGACUCUGAAGAUUCAUUAGAAGAUCCUAAUGACCUUCUCGCUGAUUCCUCUUCACCAUUGCGAGGAACCUACCGUGAUCACCACAACGGUGACAACCAACUAGCAUGGUUAAUGCUAUGGACCGCACUUUCGAUGCUUCUCAUGACAGUAAUCCCGGUCCUAGCUGAUAUUCCCGACAUAAAUCCUUGGUUCAAUGGCAACACACUCUGGCGGCUAUUCGACCCUGUAAUCACCUUGCCACUUAAUUUGUUCGUUAUAACCAGGGCUGAUGUUAUGGUCACAGGAGGAAGAUCCCGUAACUGUGGCUUUUUAAGCGAACAAAGUAUCGGUUGGUUGUUAUGGGCUAUUGGCGCGGGAAUUUAUGUCCAAGGACAUGGGAUGCAUACUGCUGCAGCAUUGUUCAAGCAUCCUAUCGAAGAUUUCAACUUGGCCCACCCUGAAUUGGUGACACAGUAUCCAAUUUUGCAUGAAAUGUACCUUAACAUGGAGGAUUUAUGGGAGCAUAAGAUUGCACAUUAUAUGUAUGCAUUUGGAGGGAUGUGGAUGUCUUGGGCUCAGAUAUAUGUAUUCCGUAACCAAGUCCAUGGCCCACUGCCGAAAUUUCCUAAGAUUGUCUGGGCAUUGGGAUCUUUUAUAUAUGGUCUACUACUAGCAGGUGUGGCUAUUGAGUUUCCUGCUGGUUUGAUAGUCGGACUCGUUUAUACAACGGUUAUUGGGUCAAUUUGCGUUGCAACUAUUUUACUAAAUAAGAGAAGUCUACCACACGGAGGUCUGCUUACAAUGGGAAGACGAAUGGUACCCCAGUACUAUCUUGGAUCCUGUGUAGUUGGACUUAUUAUUAUAAUUGGAUGGUUAGGAAAAUAUGGAUUCAAAAAUAGAAAAGAAUCUGGGGUUGCAACUUAG